AUGGCCACUGCAACAAGCGGACCACUAUCCUUGCGUGAUCGUCAUAUAGCGACUCUAAAGCAAAUGCUCAAUUUAAAUACAUCUUCGUUAUCAUUAAUGAAAUCAACUGGUACAGAUUUAGCUUGGAAAGUUCUUAUUUAUGAUGAAUUAGGCCAAGAUAUUAUUUCACCUUUACUAACCGUGAAAGAACUUCGUGAUCUUGGUGUUACAUUACACGUAUCAUUAAAAUCAGAUCGUGACCCAGUUGAUGAAAUUGCUGCAGUCUAUUUUAUUAUGCCAACGAAAGACAAUAUAGCUCGAAUAGGCAAAGAUUUAGCAGAAGGUUUAUAUGAAUCCUAUUAUUUGAAUUUCAUUGCUCCAAUUCCGCGUGAUCUUCUUGAAGAUUUAGCAACAGCUGCACUUGAAUCUAAUGUUCAACAGAAUAUAGCUAAAAUCUAUGAUCAAUAUCUUGAUUUUAUCACACUUGAAGAUGAUCUGCUUUGUUUAAGACAGGCAGGAAGAGAUAGCAUAUCGUAUUUUGCUCUCAAUCGGCCACAAAUGCUUGAUGUCCAAAUGGAUCAAAUUAUCGGAACAAUUGUUGAUAGUCUUUUUUCAGUGUGUGUAACACUUGGUUCGGUUCCAAUUAUUCGAUGUCCGAAAGGAGAAGCAGCAGAAAUCGUUGGCGAAAAACUCGAUAAAAAAUUACGUGAAAAUCUACGUGAUCCUCGUAAUAGUCUCUUCUCGUCGGAUUCCAUGGCGACUGGAGCCUUAAGUUUUCAACGGCCUCUUCUCGUUAUAUUAGAUCGAAGUAUCGAUCUAGCAUCACUACUUCAUCAUACAUGGACUUAUCAAGCAUUAGCUCAUGAUAUUCUAGAUUUCAAAUUGAAUCGAGUUGAAAUUGAAGAAUUUGAUGAAACAAUUACAACGGGUGAUGGACGGCAUCCAUCGAAACGACGUACAUAUGAUCUGAUUCCAACGGAUAAAUUUUGGAAACAACAAAAAGGAAAUCCUUUUCCUAUAGUCGCUGAAUCUAUACAAGAAGAACUUGAACGUUAUCGACAAUUGGAAGGCGAAGUGACACGUCUGAAAACUGCAAUGGGUAUUAAAGGGGACGCUGAAGAUUUAGCUAUUAGUUUGUUAAAUGAUACAACAAGUAAAUUAACAAGUGCCGUUAGUUCACUACCGGAAUUAUUAGAAAAAAAACGAUUACUGGAUUUACACACCAAUAUUGCUACAGCACUACUUGAUCAAAUAAAAAAACGAAAGUUGGAUGUUUUCUUUGAAACAGAAGAAAAAUUAAUAACCAAACAAGUUCAAGAAAAAUCACUGAUGGAAGUUCUAUCAGAUCCAGCAGCUGGUACACCGGAAGAUAAACUUCGUCUAUUUUUAAUCCAUUACAUCUGUACACCGACGAUGACACAAAGUGAACUCGAUCAAUAUAUGACAAUAUUAAGAGGAUCUAAUUGCACACAUUUGGAAGCAAUAGCAUAUAUCAAACGUUGGAAAUCAAUUAGUAAAAUGAGUGUCGUCUCGCAAGCAAGAGAAGGUGGAACAACAACAAUGGGAAUGUUCUCGAAUUUGGUCAACAAAGCAUCGAAAUUCGCCAUGGAAGGCGUUAAAAAUCUCGUUGUGAAGCAAUAUAAACUGCCAGUAACAAAAAUCCUCGAUAAUCUAAUGGAAAGCCGUUCAUCACCUGAAACUGAUGAUUAUCGAUACUUCGAUCCUAAACUUCUACGACCAGCAGACAGUAAUCGUUCAAUUGAGAAUAAUGCGAAUGUUGCUCGUAAUCGUCAAUCAUUUAGUGAUGCUAUUGUUUUUAUGAUUGGUGGUGGUAAUUAUAUUGAAUAUCAAAACUUGCAGGACUAUGCGAAAACUCGAUCAACAAUGGCAACAAAACGUGUUGUUUAUGGAUGCACAGAACUUGUGAAUGCGUCACAGUUUCUUGAACAUCUGGCGAAAUUGGGUGUAUGA